UGAGCACACACGCACGCACUACGCAAGUGUGUGGCGUGCUGUGGAUGCCGGUGCAGCGUAGCCGCAACUUUCUCUUUGCAAUGACUACUGUGGCUUUCACUGGUUGACACCAUACGAUCCUACUCGACGACGUGCUGAACGUGACCGGAGCCCUGCGCCGACAGUUGCACUAGUUUCAGGAUGAAGAUCGACGUUGAUGGCCUGCCGGUGUUUUUCCCCUACGACUACAUCUACCCCGAGCAGUAUGCCUACAUGGUACAACUCAAGCAGUGCCUCGACGCCAAGGGCCAUGGGGUGUUGGAGAUGCCAUCGGGCACGGGAAAAACGGUCACCCUGCUUGCCCUCAUCCUUGCCUACCAGAAGGCCUUUCCUGCCAUGAUAUCAAAGCUGCUGUAUUGCUCACGGACAAUGCCUGAGAUAGAAAAGGUGGUGGAGGAGCUUCGUCGUCUGCUCGAGCACUACAAGCAAGAGACCGGGGAGGAGAUGUCUCUGCUGGGCCUGUGCCUCACUUCUCGCAAGAACCUCUGCAUACACCCACAGGUGAGUCUGGAGCGGGACGGCCGGGUAGUGGACGGCCGGUGCUUCAGCUUGACGGCCUCGUAUCGGCGGGCUCAGGCCACGGAUCCAGCCACUCAGUGCUGUUCCUUCUUUGAGAACUUUGACGCCCAGGGCCGAGACGUUCCUCUUCCCACUGGCAUCUACAGUGUGGAUGACCUGAAAGAGUAUGGCCGGCAACACCAACUGUGUCCUUACUUCGUGGCACGACAAGCCGUGCUGCAUGCCAAGGUGGUGGUGUACAGCUACCACUACCUGCUGGACCCCAAGAUCGCCGAGGUGGUCUCCAAGGAGAUGAGCCGCAGUGCUGUUGUCAUCUUUGACGAGGCGCACAACAUCGACAACGUGUGCAUCGAGUCCAUGAGUGUACGCCUGAACAAGCGCACCAUUGAAGGGAGCAUGGAGAACAUUGACAGCCUCGAGCAGACCAUCAAGGAGUUGAAGGAGCAGGAUGCCGAGAAGCUGCGCACGGAGUAUGAACAGCUGCUGGAAGGACUUCGCGAGGCACGGGAAGCCCGGGAGGCCGACCUCAUCCUCGCCAACCCUGUUCUCCCCGACGAGGUGCUGCAAGAGGCGGUUCCGGGCAACAUCCGUCUGGCGGAGCACUUUGUGGCCUUCCUGCGGCGCCUGCUGGAGUACGUCAAGAUGCGGCUGCGGGCGCAGCACAUGGUGCAAGAGAGCCCCGCCGCCUUCCUCAAGGACAUCCUGCAGAAGGUGUGCCUGGAGCGCAAGCCCCUGAAGUUUUCAGCGGAGCGCUUGCGGUCUCUGCUGCGAACCCUCGAAGUGCCCGACCCCACCAACUUCAGCCCCCUGGUGCGCCUCUGCCACUUCGCCAGCCUCGUCAGCACUUACACUAAGGGCUUUACGGUGAUUGUCGAGCCGUACGACGAGCGGAGUCCCGGUGUGCCCAACCCUGUGAUAAACCUGUCCUGCAUGGACGCAUCGCUGUCCAUCAAGCCAGUCUUCAACCGUUUUCAGUCGGUCAUCAUCACGUCGGGGACGCUGUCCCCUGUGGAGAUGUACCCAAAGAUUCUUGACUUUCGGCCCGUCGUCUCCGCUUCACUCAGCAUAACCUUGGCACGACCAAGCAUAUGCCCUCUGAUUGUGAGCAAGGGCAGCGACCAGGUGGCCUUGAGCUCGCGCUUCGAGACACGCGAUGAGGUGUCGGUGGUGCGCAACUAUGGGGCUCUGCUGGUGGAGCUGGCGUCGUGUGUGCCGGACGGCAUGGUGUGCUUCUUCACCUCGUACGUGUACCUCGAGUCGGUGGUGGCCGCCUGGUACGAGCAGGGUGUCCUCGACCAGCUGCAGCGCCGCAAGCUGCUUUUCCUCGAGACGCCUGAUUCAGCUGAGACGGCGCUUGCACUGGCAAACUAUGUCAAGGCCUGCGAGAAUGGAAGAGGGGCUGUGCUCCUUUCUGUAGCUCGAGGCAAGGUGUCCGAAGGUGUUGACUUUGACCACCACCUUGGCAGGGCAGUGCUCAUGUUCGGCAUCCCUUUUGUCUACACGCAGAGCAGGAUUCUUCGGGCCCGGCUGGAGUUUCUGCGGGACCAAUUCCAGAUCCGGGAGAACGACUUUCUCACCUUCGAUGCCAUGCGGCACGCUGCGCAGUGUGUGGGCCGAGCGCUUCGUGGGAAGACUGACUACGGCAUCAUGAUCUUUGCUGACAAGCGUUUCUCACGGUGGGACAAGCGUAGCAAGCUGCCUCGCUGGAUACAGGAGCACCUGCAGGAUUCUCUCUGCAACCUGAGCACAGAGGAGGCGUUGCAGGUCGUCAAGCGCUUCCUGCGACAGAUGGCACAGCCUUUCACAAGGGAGGACCAGCUCGGAGUGUCUCUACUCACCGCAGAGCAACUACAGUCCGAUGAAACAAAGCGCAAACUGGAGAGCAGGGUGCAGCUUCACUGAAGGGCGUGAGGGGGGGAUCACUAAAGUUGGCAUCAUUCCCAUCAUCAGUGUUAUUUAAUAAAGCGUCUAUGCGCAUUU